GCUAAAGGACAAAACAGUCUCCAAAACCACUUUAGUUUGUUCAAUAUUUUUAGUCCGAAGGGCGAAGAAAAUAAAUGUAGUUUUAAUAAUUUUCCCAAAUUUCUCAAGUUUGUGGAAUCAUCUCUAUCUGGUAGACUUUAAAUUUACCUUUGUGCGGGUUACCUGUGUUGUUUAUACUGCAGGCUCACGUAGGAUGGCGGGAGGAUGAAAACAACGUGAACAACAUUUGAAGAUUCCCAGCCAUUUGUACGAUCAUCCAUGGCUAGCAGAAAGCGAAAACAAUGUCCCCCUCGAAGAUUGGACGAGUCCAAGAGAAAGCUGCAAGUUUGGGAUAUGACAGAUUUGAUAAAAAGCAACCGUGCUCGUCUAGAUGAGGAAUCGACUCUUCCAGCGCUUGGCUCAUUGGAGAACGAAAAUCUAAAAGGUUCAGUGAAAAAGAGAAAGAACAAUAGGUCAAGGUGGAGAAACGAAGAGGUUGAUGAUAAAGAAACGGAGUUAAAAGUACAGACAUAUCUCCCACAAUACUGGUACGGAAUAAUUGGGAAUUUUAAGGUCUCGUUUCGACGGGACAUAGACCUGACCAAGAGAAAUGGCUUCUUUAAUGACUUUGAUUAUAACGAUGAGUCGGGACGAAUUUAUAGCAAAGAGGCGAUAGAAAUCAAAGUGACAUUGGACCAUCUUGACAGUGUGAUUGAUACUGAACUGGGACAUGGAUGUCACCCUCAUGCCAGCACCUCUCAUGACAGGACCCUCCCAGAGUCCCUACAAAAAUUGUCCCUGAAGGGGAAUACUUUUAUUGAUGAGGGUAAUCUCGAGGCAGUGGCUUACUUGCAGCAAAAAGGACUGUUAAUUCUUGUUCUAAGCUCUGAGAAUUCCAUCUUUGAUGAAGAGUGGACAUUGAGUGUAUGUCUUUGUGAAGGAGCUUUGACAAAAUUAACAUUUGCCAGUCAAGACACGGCAAUGAGGAAGAUUGACAAAAUGAUUCAGAGACUGAUGUGCUGGUUUUAUAACUCAAACGAUGACGUAAAUAAUGAGGGAAAUAAUGGGAGAGAUGGCAAUCAAGACUAUGAUUGUCUUUAUGAAAACAUCAAGAAAAUCAGGGAACAAAAUAAAGCUGAAAUAGUUUUAUCAAACAAUGAAAAAAGGCAUCAGUCAUCCGGAUCCAGUAAUUCAGGAGUGUCUCCUGACAUUAACGACACUAUUUCUUACUCUUCAAAUCAUGGAGAAACCAUAGAAAUAGGUAAUGACAACUCCAAAGCUGAGCUCUCAUCGUGUCCCAAAGACAGUUCAGAAGGAGUUGAUACAAAUGAACCUGAGUGUUCUCAAAGCUCUACUAUCCUGUAUCAUAAAUCCAAGCACCCUCUUCAACACCCAAAGCUGCUGCCGACCUUGCGUCGGUAUCAGUGCCGAGCAGUGCAAUGGAUGGUUGACAAGGAGAUGGCAACAGGUGCUGUACCUGAUGUUAUUCACCCUCUCUGGAAAGAGUAUUGCACUCUAGAUGGGAAGGUCAUCUAUUACAAUAAAUACAAUGGAAGAUUGACAAGAGAGAAGUUCAUUGACCCUCCCCUCCCUACUGGGGGAAUUCUUGCAGAUGAGAUGGGACUGGGGAAGACGGUUGAAGUGUUAGCUUGUGUCCUGAAUAACCCCAUGAAAACAGACACACAAGGUGCUGUAGUGACGGUAGAUGGAAUGGGUAGAGCUUCAGUACAGCGAAACUCCUCACUGGAUGGGAAUGAAAAGGAAUUGACAGAUGACACAGAAAGCAGGACAAUGAUCAGAGAAACUGUCUGGAAUCAGUGUAGUCCAGAAGAAAUAGUCGACAAAGGACACGAUAGGCUUCUACAAUGUGGUACUUUAAAUACGGCACAAAAGAAACCAACAACAGAAAGCUAUGGUCAUGAUACUUUAACACAACAUCAACUGACAAAGGUGUUUGAGCAGAAUAUGCCAAGUGAUGUCAUGAAAGAAGAUAUAAAGAGUGACUCUCUUCUGGUUGGGGUUCCAGGACAUGCACCAAACAUAGAUAUGAAAUUUCAACAACAAAGCACUGUAAUACAAGGUAUGGAAGCCAUGGAGAGAGAGUCCAACCCUCUUGCAUGUAGAAUUCUUCAAAAUACUGAUUGUAAAAUAACCACAGGAGAUGGUGUUUUAAGGCAAGAUAAAGCAGACAGUAUAAUAAAAGAAGACAGGCAUGAUAAUUCUACUAAUUUUAAACCCACAGAGGGAAGAGCUACACAUAGCUGUGGUAUUAUUGAUGGUUCAAGUGUGAAAACAGAAGAGAAAGACUAUUCAAAGAUUUCACUGAUACAAAACAAAGACACUAAAAUCCAUAAUUCAGAACAUUAUAAGUCAAAGGAAAUAAUGUAUAUGGAUCAGUCUUCUUUUGGAACAUCUGAUAGCUAUAGUAAUGCAGCUCAAAGUGGACCAAAUUCCCAUGCCUAUUUUUCUCUAUCAAAAGAGAAAAGAAAUGCUAGUUCUACAGACAGCCCAGCCAUGGAAAUAUAUAAGAGAACAACUGCUGCAGACUAUGUUGUACAGACUAGUGAGCCAAAUGUGACAAGCACAAAAUUGACUGAUCAUGGACUUGCAUCUGACAAGAAAAGUAACUUGAUUGAUGGUGGGAACCGUAGACCAAGCAUGGAAUUAACGAAUGAAAGACUAAAGAAUCCAGCUAUAGGGAAGGUCACCACCCCUUGUAACAAGAAGAUAAACUGUCAAUGUAUUUGUGGCAGCAAUGAGGCCAGUUUGAAUGACAGUUUGCUUGAGUGUGGUGCUUGCCAUGUAAUGAUGCACUCUCAGUGCAUGGGACAUUUCGGCAGCAGGGCAGAGGAUUCAUUUGGGUUCUUUUGCCCAAGCUGUGCAACACUCAGGCCCCCUGUCCCAUCGGGUGCCACCCUGAUCAUCUCACCGGCAACAAUCUCUAGCCAAUGGGUUGAGGAGAUCCAGCGUCAUACGGCACCUGGAGCUGUUAGACUUUUGGUGUAUGAGGGGGUGUUGAAACAGGGCUUUAUUCAACCUGAGGUGCUUGGAGAUCAUGACAUCGUCCUCACGACAUACGCAACCCUAAGAGCUGACUUCUACCAUGUUGGCGUCAACAAAGGCAGUGCUGUUCGAUCUCGCAGACACAAGAGGAGAUACAUUGCACUUCCCAGUCCGCUGACCAUGGUCAAAUUUUGGAGGGUUUGUCUUGAUGAAGCACAGAUGGUUGAAACUACAACAGCUAGGGCUGCCGAAAUGGCAUUGAACCUGCAGUGCGUCCAUCGGUGGUGUGUGACAGGCACUCCCAUACAGAAAGAACUAGAGGGUGUGUAUACAAGUAGAUGCAUAGGACUAGAGGAUCUUUAUGGCCUCCUUCUGUUCCUUGGGUUUUACCCAUACUGCCAGAGGAUCUGGUGGAACAAGCUGCUUUUGCUGCCAUAUAUGGCUGGCCAUUGCAAACCCAUGGAGAAUGCUCUUGCACAAGUUUUAUGGAGGACUGCAAAGAAAGAUGUUUUGCAUGAGAUACAACUACCACCACAGACAGAACAUGUAAUCCCUUUGAAGUUCUCACCUGUAGAGCUGCACUUCUAUCAAAGACAACACGAGGAAUGUUCUUCAAUGGCUAGAAGGAUGCUGAGCCGAUGGAGCGAAUCUGAGACCAAGCUGAGUAGCAUAGACAAGAACACAGUGCAUGCAAUGUUGACACCCCUACUGCGCUUGCGUCAAGCCUGUUGUCAUCCCCAGGCAGUCCGAGGAGGCUUUCUUUCUGUACAGAAAAGCACACUAACAAUGGAUCAGUUGCUGGAAAGCUUGAUUGCAAGGACUAAACUUGAGUGCGAGGAGGCCCAUCGUCAACUGCUGUUUGCCAUCAAUGGCCUGGCAGGCAUUGAGAUUAUCAAAAAGCAGUGGCCAGAGGCAGUUGAGCGCUACCGUGAUGCCAUGCGUUCGUGGACAGAGCACGAAGACAAGUUCCGAACUGAUGCAUUACAGAAAUUGCACACACUUCACAAUCUCAUUGAGCUGCUCUCUGCUGACCACCCUGGAUGCUCACACACUCUACGGGAUGAUGAAAUAAAGUCAGAGGUUCAAUCUUUGAAGGAGGCCUACAUGGCAAAGUCUGCUGCUGCUGUGCAGACUGCUCUUGACAACUUGGCAUCUGCUGAGGAGGACGUGAAUGAUCUCAAAUCAAAAGUUAAUUUCCAGUCCCCCUGGUGGGUCCAUGCCAUUCGGAGAACACAGGAAUCCCGACACAGUGAGGAACUCUUGAAUAGAAUAAGAGAGGAAUUGUCGGGGACUGGAGCAGAGGGAGGCGGGCUACUAGACAGAGUAACGGAUCUACGUGGGUUGUUGUAUGUCCUUGCAUCUAAACUAGAUACCGUCGAGUCUACUCACAGUAACCUUGUGGCCUCACUGAAGCCGCUGUGCCCCCACCCCACCCCCGAGAUGGUGAGGUCUAGCGCGGAAUGCUGCUUGAGAGCAAAACCAGGGCAAAUGCACCACUCAACACGCUGCCGCUUCUGUGAGGUUGACGAUGUUUUCACCGAGUAUGAAUCACGACUUUUCGGACACCAGGGAAUGAAAGGCUUGGGCGAUCAGGAUCUGGAAGAGCACAGCAGUCUUGAUUGGCAUCGCCAUGGCAACACAGGAGGUCUGCGCGCAGAGACUGAGGCAGAGAAAGCGCUAAAAGCAGUAUUUGCAUUCAUCCGGGCUCAGCGGCUUGAACCCCACCUCCACCAAGAAGCUCGUCAUCAUCUCAUGUUCAUCGCAGAACGUCGCAAGGAAUUCAAGUUCCUGCGUGCCGCGUGGUUCGCCUUGCGUGAGCGUGUUUCGUCCCUCGACGAACUGGACAUGUGUACAACGCGCAUGCGCCUGGCGUUACCGGGAGAGACUGUAUCCGAAGACGAGAAACACGUGAUCUUUGAAGGACAGGUGGAGCCUCAGCGAAUGAAGUUCGUCUCUGAUCGCAUCGUUGCCAAGACAGAGCUGAGGAAAAAGCUUGGGCAGCUUUUGUACCUCAGCAACCUCGCUAAGACUCAAGCGUCCCAUAGCGGUGAAAAUCCCGACCCUUGCCCUGUGUGCACAAGACAACUCGGUAUUGAGUGGAGCGUGUUUUCAUGUGGGCACUGCUACUGUUGCGACUGUGUCUGGGUGCUCUUACGUCAAGCUGGAAUAGGGCCCCGUAACAGGGACGUGCACGUUAAGUGCCCUUUGUGCCGAGUGCCCACCCUAGCGCGGGAGAUCUCCUACGUCACUACGUCUAGCGGGAAUCACCACGGUAACCACAGGAUACCCGUCAAGGGAAGCCACUCUACAAAAGUAGAAGCGGUUGUACGUGCGUUACUCGGAAUACGAGCCGAGGAUAAUUCUGCGAAAUGCCUCGUUUUUUCAACGUGGCAAGACGUCCUCGAUGUGAUCGCCAAAGCGCUGGCUGAGAACGAUGUAUACUUUCGCCACAUCACCACGUCACGAAAGCUACCGGAGGAUCUUCACGCGUUCAAGGUAGAUCCAGACAUCUCUGUCUUACUACUUCCGCUACAGUCAGGGUCAAACGGAUUGAACAUCAUCGAAGCUACGCAUGUGCUGCUGGUGGAACCCGCAUUGAACCCGGCACAUGAACUGCAGGCGCUUGGACGAGUCCACCGCAUAGGACAAACCAAGCCCACUCACGUCUACCGAUUCAUCAUCCAAGGCACCGUGGAGUCCCGGAUGUACACCUUGCUGAAGGGCAAAGCCUGCUCAAAUGUCAGACCAGGCACCCGUGACACGGAGAACGCCUCUCUCACAAUAGGCGACCUGACGUCCCUCUUCACGCCAGCCAAUCAGCAAGACCAGUUACCAGGCUUCCCUGGUCAGAGCGAGUAGAUAGAGGACUGGCGCCAAUCAGCGCGACCAGGGUUUUCCAGGUCAGCGAGAAGAUGAUGGAAUGGCUAUAAGCAGCACGACCAGUUUUUAGGCUUCCCCGGUCAGUGCAGGUAGAUAGAAGACUGGCACUCAUCAGCGCGACCAGUUACCAGGCUUUCCCGGCCAGAGCUAGUAGGUUGCGAACUGCCUUGAGGUAUUGACAACAGUCAAGCAACGUGACCAGUUAUCAGGUUUUCCUGGUAAAAGAUAGUAAAUGGAAGACUAUGCAAUCUUUGCAUAAUUUUUACAUAAAUUGGAAUGAAUAAUUGCAAAUUUAUUGUUUUAAAAGGCUACUUCCCUUUUAUUCAAGUCGCUUAAAAUUUGCGAUUCAUUUUUAAUUACUUCUACAUCGUUGCAGUUUCAAUUGAAAAAAGGUAUUAAUAUAUAUAAUACGAAUGAAUAAAAAAUUGAAAGUUUACACUAGAA